AUGUCAAUUAGUCCCGUAUUUCAGUCUUUCAACAACAACGCAAAUUCAAUAAGCAGUGGGUGCGGCAGCGGUAACUGUUUCCCGUGGGGAAGUAUCGGUGGUGGUGGUGGUGGAAUGAUGCCCGGUCCUGGCGGAAUGCCGCCUGGUCCUGGUGGAAUGUUGCCCGGAGGUGGGAGGCCACCAGCCGGUGGAAUUUGGGGUGGUGGUGGCGGCGGAAGGCCAAUGGGUGGUUGUGGCCCCUGUGGCUACGGACCGUACGUUGGCGCCAAUUUUGCUGCAAAAAGACCGUAA